AUGGGUCAUUCAAGAUCUUGUAUAAAGAUUGGAGAGAAUGCAUUUCGACUUGAGCUGCCACCUUAUAUGCAGAUGUAUUCAGUAAUAAAUGCCAAGUAUUUAAAACCCUUUAAGCCAUCAUUAUUGGAUGAUGAUGAAGACGUAAAGGAUUCUCGACUUCCCCCGCUAGACAAUCUAUGGUUUGAGAGGGAAGACCUAUUGACGGCAGACUGCAAUCUUGAGAAAAAGGCCACUAUGACUUGA